AUGUCAUUCACAAGGGUAAGGUAUGUGCUCUUCCCACGUUCUUACUCUGCAAAGCUUCACACUCACUCUUCGCCCCCAUUGAUUCACGGUGUUCAUGACUCUGUUGCCUCAUUCAAUCCUCCUCCCCCAUUUAUUCCCAUUGUUCAUGAGGCUGUUGCCUCAUUCAAUCGCAUGCAUCCUUCCCCCUUUAUUCACGAUGUUGAUCCGGCUGUAGUCUCAUUCAAUCGCAUGCUCAAUGUGCCACCUUGCCCGCCCAUCACUCAAUUUAACAAGAUUUUGGGGUCCCUUGCUAGAGACAAGCGUUUCGAAACUGUUGUUCUGCUCUUCCCAAAAUUGGAAUUCAUCCCGACUGUCAUCUACAACAGUGUUAUUCACGGCUUUUGUCGUUUGGGUCAAGUGAAGGAAGCAAUGGUUCUGUUCAAUGAAAUGGUAUUGAAAAGCAUCAACCCAGAUGUUUAUACCUUUAACAUGUUGAUGGAUGUCCCGUGUAAGGAUGGAAGAGUGAGAGAAGCUAAAAAUGUGUUGGCAGUGAUGGUAAGAAGAGGUCUGAAACCAGAUGUUGUUACUUAUAAUACUUUAAUGGGUGGCUAUUGCCUUGUCAACGAAGUAAAUAAUGGAAGACAUGUACUCAACUCGAUGAUCCGAAGUAGUGUAACACCUUAUGUACGAAGCUAUAACAUAUUGAUUAAUGGAUUAUGCAAGACUGGAGAGGCAUUUGAAGCCAUGACUCUGUUCAAACAAAUGAGACGCAACAAUAUAGUUCCAACUACAGUAACUUACAAUUCUCUCAUUGAUGGUUUGUGCAGAACUUGA